UCCGUCGGAAAAAGCCCCGAAUCAACAGGCCCAGUUAUCAUGGUAAUUAGAGAAAGCCAGUAUCGCCGGCUGACCUACUAGAAGUAACGAAAGUGGGUCGCGCGGCUGGCUACCGGAGAAAGUGAUAGAUGGCGGGGCCAGUACUAUUUUCGGAGAACGAGAAGAAGAAGAUGAACCAUGUGCGGAGAAAUGCCGAGACAACAGGUGUCUAAUACUUUCGCCGCCAUAAUGAUUUUGAUUUCCGCCGUGCAAUACUGUCGAAGUUUUCACCGAGUGAAUAAAAUCGUUUUCCUGUAGUGAAAUAACAAUUGAGUGUGUCGAACUUAGUGUAGAGUGGAGUAGUAUACUUCGAGUAAAAGGAGUAAUAAAAUUCAUAGUGUGAGACUUGUAAAUUGAGAGUGAAAUAAUAGUUUUUCUUUUGUGUCAACCUCCCUUUUUUCCCUUUGGAUUAAGCCGAACAUCCUUCGAGAAAACAACGCCGAAAAGCCGAGAGAAAGGAGGGAAACCAGGAAGCCGAAAAGGGAGUCAUCACCGUGGAUCGAAAGGAGAGCCGAAAGUGGAAAGGUCGUGCCGAAAGAGAGAAAGAGAGGAGAGUCAUGCCAUAUAUGCCGCAAGGAAGCCGUCGUUCCAGAGAAAGAGGUGGUCGAAAAUUGGAGGAACUGGGAAAGGAAAGCGCCAGGAUGGAGAGACGAGGACGUCCUCAAUCCAAACACCGCCCUUUCCCCGAAUUUGCCAUCGAAGGACAUCAAUUGGAAAGACCCUCAUACUUGUCGUUCCCAAUUACUGAGGAGGGAAAUCAAGAACCACUAAGGGCACAACAAAUCGUGGAAGAGGGUGAGCCGAGAGAGGAAAUUAGACCGAGGAGAGCCGAAGCAGAAAGCGAAGAAGGAGCAGUAGGAGGCCUACUCGAACCAAUAACCAUGUCGAGUGACUGGGCCGAUUUGAGCGCCCUAGAAAAAGCCACUGAGAAACCAAUAAAAGGGUGUAGACCAGAUGGCGCAGAGAUAGUGGUGCCUUAUCGCUGGCCAGCCGAUAGACGACCAGGUGAAAGCAACGAGGAGUAUGAGAGCCGGUUGGCUGAGUUUGAAUUAGACCGUUUCCUACGUCUCCAAGAGCCACUAACGUCUGUGUCGUUGGAAAGAAUGCGGGCCAGUCAACGAAGAGCCAUUGAAGAACGAAAGCGCCCGGUGCUCCGAAAGGAAGACAUGGAGAGUGGGGAGCCUGUGCAGAGGGCACAACGAUCACACUCGCCCCAUCCUGGACCACCGGUCAGGCGCGUCGAGGAGACCGGCGCAAGGCGCAAGGAGCCCAGAAGAGAAAGACGUGGAGAAAAUAGUCAAGAAGACACCAGUGGUUGGAAACCGAGGAAAAACGGGGUCAUCUUUAGUGGUCUGAAGGAGAUCCCAACAAUCGAAGGUUUAGACCCACCCCCCUAUUGUUGCUUUAACUGCUGGAGGCGAGGACAUAGGGCGGCGGAUUGCAAAUACCCUAUUCUUCAUAUCUAUUGCCGAAACUGUGGACGUCGAAACACCGAAAUGACGGACUGCCCAAGAUGCGCGGAAGCAUACUGCCGUUUUAAGGGUAUCCCCUAUUACGUGGAAGAAGAUGUAGAGGAUAUUGGGACCGAUGAGCCAGAAGGAGAAGACAUCGAGUCAACAAACGAGGCCAACAUGCCGAACGAGGAUGACAAACUGGUGGAAGGAGACACCCAAGAACCAGUAAUGGAGGAAAAGGGACUGUUAGAGCCAAAGGAGGGCAAUGAACCAGAAGGCCCAAAGUCUCAGUCAACGAGUGUGGAAGAAAAGGAAGACGAGGACCUAGUGGAGAAAAUCAUGGCCAUCACAAAGGCUCUAGCCGGUCUCCCAGCGUCAACGGUCGACUUGGCCAUUAGACAAUUGUUGGAGGAGAGGAAGGCAAAGAAAAAGAAAGAAUAGGAAAGCAAAUAGAGCCGAACGAGAAAGGAGGAGAGCCGAACGAGAAAGAAAUAGAGCCGAACGAGAAAGGAGGAGAGCCGAACAAGAAAGAAAUAGAGCCGAACGAGAAAGGAGGAGAGCCGAACGAGAAAAGAGGAGAGCCGAACGAGAAAGGAGAAGAGCCGAACGAGAAAGGAGGAGAGCCGAAUGAGAAAGGAGUAGAGCCGAACGAGAGAGGAGGAGAGCCGAAUAAGAAAAGAGAAGAGCCGAACAAACUAGAAAAGCCAGUUUUCAGGAUCAUCAGAUGAUGACAGUCCUAUAUAAAAUAGUACCGGUCAUGGGGAGGGGAUUGUGACGAAGUGAAUUUUCGAUCUUGUCAUUUAAUUGCCGAAAAUUCUGAAUCGUCACGCCAUCCGUCGGAAAAAGCCCCGAAUCAACAGGCCCAGUUAUCAUGGUAAUUAGAGAAAGCCAGUAUCGCCGGCUGACCUACUAGAAGUAACGAAAGUGGGUCGCGCGGCUGGCUACCGGAGAAAGUGAUAGAUGGCGGGGCCAGUACUAUUUUCGGAGAACGAGAAGAAGAAGAUGAACCAUGUGCGGAGAAAUGCCGAGACAACAGGUGUCUAAUACUUUCGCCGCCAUAAUGAUUUUGAUUUCCGCCGUGCAAUACUGUCGAAGUUUUCACCGAGUGAAUAAAAUCGUUUUCCUGUAGUGAAAUAACAAUUGAGUGUGUCGAACUUAGUGUAGAGUGGAGUAGUAUACUUCGAGUAAAAGGAGUAAUAAAAUUCAUAGUGUGAGACUUGUAAAUUGAGAGUGAAAUAAUAGUUUUUCUUUUGUGUCAACCUCCCUUUUUUCCCUUUGGAUUAAGCCGAACAUCCUUCGAGAAAACAACGCCGAAAAGCCGAGAGAAAGGAGGGAAACCAGGAAGCCGAAAAGGGAGUCAUCACCGUGGGUGAGUCGUUUUGCCGAUAUUGUGCCAGUCGUGUCUCGUCGUUGGCAUUUUCUGCUUGCCAAUCAUUCGAGCAGAAUUCCCUCUGAGUGAGAGAGUAAACUCAGAGGAGUUAAAUUUGUUGUUAGUCGAGCCGAGUAAAAGUUUAUUAAUU